GACCUCGAGCCGGCGCGAGAUCGUGUGGCCGGCGUCUUCGGGUGCUCAUGCCUCUCGUGUAGUAUUUACAGCUUGCAAGCUCCGGUGCGUCUUGCCCUCUGGCAAAGCUUGUCGUGACACCGUUUCAGCCGCAUUGCGCCGGGUAACGGCCCGUCCUUCCGUCACCGUCGGCUUUAUUCCGUACUAGUCGCACGGCUCGCCCGGCUCCAGCGGUCGUUUCGCGCGUCUCGGCCGUGUCAUGCAGCGAAUGCGAUACAAUUUCAGAUGUAGAGCGUCAUGGCAAUCAAUAUAAAAUUUACAAAAUUUGACAAUACACCAUGGGGCUUUCGACUAGCUGGUGGCAGCGAUUUUCCGCAGCCACUUACUGUUAUCAGAGUUACGGAGGGUAGCCUGGGCGAAUGUAUGGGUUUAAAGGUCGGAGAUGUCGUAGUAAGAUUGAACGAUCAAUCGAUUAUCAACUUGACUCACGGACAAGCGCAUGAAGCACUAGUACACGCUGGCAAUAAUUUCGUUUUAGGUGUACAAAGAGAGGAGGAGGCACGAAAGGCCGCCGAAGCGAUAUCGGAAGAGACCAUCGUCCCAUAUAAGAUCGCCCUUACAGACUUACCGCCGGUUUUCCCAGAACAGAUCUUAAAGGAGGAGACAGUGAUCGAGCGAUACGAAGAAGAGAAUAUCGUCGAGCCGUUAUCCGCUGAGGACGAAAUCAGAAAAGAGGAGGAGAAGCUCGUAGAAGAGAAACCGGUAGAUAUCAACAGCGAAAUCGUGACCAACAAAAAUCUUACGGAUGACGAGAUCGCUCAGCUAAUCCUCGAAGAAGAGGAGCUCUUGUCCGAUAAAGGAUUAUUAGGAGUAAACUUCAAGAAAUUAAGACCGCGAGCCUCGAUCCUGAAAGAUUCAAAAGUUCUGGAGGAGCUGCAGAAUAUCGCGAUAGCUGAGCCCGAGCGAGUGCAAGAGUUGAAGCGCACUUCCACUUUCCUGCAAAAGCCGCAACGACCAAUACCGAAGGUGAAGAACGAGGCGAAAGUGGAAGAAGACGAGGGAGAAACUUACAAGGUUGUGAUUAAGAAACAGGACAAGAAGACAGUAAUCGCACGUCUCGUGGAAAAGGGUUUAUUGCCGCCAGGAUCAGAGACAACCAUCAUCAAGACACCGGAACCACCGGAACCGUUCGAGGUAAAGAUGCAUGAAACGGAAAAUAAACUCGAAGAAAAUCAUCCCCUUGCCGUUUCAAAUUCCUCGUGUUCAACCUGUUCUUCCAAUAACAAUUCACUGUUGUCCUCAUGUCUUUCGGAAUCUGAUUCAAAUGAAUUUCUCACUUCUGAAGAUCAAGCGCAUCGCGAGACACAUAAAUGCAAAUCAAAACAAUGCUAUGUCAACCCGAGUCAUUCUCGAAGAUACAGUACUACUAGAUAUGAUGAAGUCGGAACGAGAUCGCUGUUCAAAGGUCGCUACUUGGAGAACCUCCUUCGCGGUUACACUCGUUCAUGCAUUCUUCGCGAUCGACAAGUCGAUGAAUUCGCGAAGACUAACCCGGGAAAUAUAUAUUUGAAGAAAUAUGAUGGUCUAAAAAAUAUUGGCCUCGAUGGCUUUUUAUUAAGCGAAACCAAAAGAAGAACAAGUAGAUGCGCACGAGCACAUUAUGUAGAAAGGAUUUUGCUUCAAAACAUCAGCGCUGUUGUUACACACUUUCGUCCAAAACCAAAAACGACCCGCGUCUUCGCCUCUAGAAUGAAGGGAAGAUAUCUGGCGACAUAUCUGAGACGCAAAAGUCUCUGGCUAAUGUCCUUGAUUAUGACAUUGUUCCAGUUUUUGUUACAGAGACCAAGCGUCUCCGAGUCAUCGAACUUGUCGAAGAUUCAUGAACGACGUUUGAGUUUCAAGGGUCGCUAUCUUGAACAUGUUCUUCAGAAGAAUGUCGUUCCUGUCCUUGAAUAUGUAAAUGAAACGUGCUUCAUCGAUGAUCAAUUAAAAAUGAUUGAAAAAGAAAAAGAGGAAUUAAAAUCUAUCAGGAUGAAAGGAUAUUACAUGAAAAAAUGUCUUUAUCGACAGAAUCUGCGUUUGAAAUUCGCUUUAAUGAAUCUUCUUGAUUACGUGAAGAGCAGUCUUGAUAAUCUCUUCGCUAUCACUAAAUCAUCAAGAAUGAAAAGUACAAUGAAAGGUCGAUAUGUCGAGCGAUUGAUUCAUAGAAAUCUCGAGAUACUUGAAUUAUUCGUGGAAUACAUUCGUUCAAGAAUCUCCCAAUGGUUCGAGGAUGGUUUGUCGUGCACAUCACGAAAUGAAUUUCCUGUUGCUACCGUCGGUACUUCCAAUGACAUUGUUUCAAUUCUAAAUGAACAGGAAACUGAUAAAGAUGUUUCCGAUUUAAAGAUCUCCGAAUGGCACGAGGACGGUCCAGUCUGUCCAUUGCAAAAAGAAUCAUCCCUUAUCAUUAACACUUCCAACAAUCCAGAUCCGGUCGAAGAAGAAACUAUUGAAAAUGAUCGCCAAAUUCCCGAAUGCAAUAGCGAUCCAGUCUUAUUCGAAGAAGCCAAUGAAUGUACCGAUCUGACUAAACCUACAGACGUGGUCCCAGAAGACACUGUUUCAAAAUUUUUGCAAUCAGCUGAGAAUUACGUUUCCACCGAGGUCUUCCAUCGUGGUAGCAGACGAUUCUCAAAAUCCCGGAAAUCUAUCGAUACCUCCAAGGAAAAUGAUAAGGCAUUGUCGAAAUUUUUACAGUCGGCCGAGGAUUACGUUUCCGCUGAGGUCUUCCAUCGUGGUAGCAGACGUCUUUCAAGACCGCGUAAAUCUGUCGACAUCAUCUUCAAAGAAGAUGAUGAGACGUUGUCGAAAUUCCUACAGUCGGCUGAGGAUUACGUUUUCGCCGAGGUCUUUCAUCGUGGUAGCAGACGACUCUCAAAAUCCCAGAAAUCUAUCGAUACCUCCAAGGAAAAUGAUAAGGCAUUGUCGAAAUUUCUACAAUCGGCCGAGGAUUACGUUUCUGCUGAGGUCUUUCACCGUGGUAGCAGACGACUUUCAAGACCGCGUAAAUCUGUCGAUAUCAUCUCCAAAGAAGAUGAUAAGAUGUUGUCGAAAUUUUUACAGUCGGCUGAGGAUUACGUUUUCGCCGAAGUCUUCCAUCGUGGUAGCAGACGACUCUCGAGAUCACAAAAACGAGAAGAGCAAGAAAAAGAGAAUGUUCUAUCAAGUGUCCUUCGCUCGACCAGCGAUUAUGUCUCCAGCGAGAUGUUCCAUCGCGGAAGUAGGAGAUUAUCAAGAUUUAGAAGGGAAUCUGUUUCCCUUGCAGCUCCUACUCUAUGGAACGGUUUGAAGAAUAUGCACCUCAAUCUGCCUUGGUUUUCGUUCAGAAUCACCAAGAAAAGUACAAAACAUAUCGAAAAUUGUGAGGAGAAAAUUGAUUCCGAAAUCGACAAUCGAAGAUUAUCAUUCGUACCAACAAUUCUCUAUCGGGAUAUCACGAAUCGCAUCGGCAUCGAUUUCACAAAAUUUGUGGUUUACGCCUUCGUACCUUGUACUUCAAUUAUCCUUCUGUAUAUGUAUAAGUAGUAUUAUCAUCUAAUAAUCAUUUAAUGAUGUUUGUAUCUUAUUUUGAUGCAAUCAAUAUAUAAUUAAACUGUAAACGUAAUUAUAAUCGAUACAGAAACUCAAUUUGAUUUUACUUAAAA